AUGUCCGUAGUGUUGGUGUUGCCCUUCACUGAAUUUCCAUCGAGGGCCUCGCUGCUACGAGCCUGUGCUGGUCUGGGACUUCUGCAAAGCGUCAAGAAGGCUUACUUGGCAGGAUUCGUUCCUUUCUUCUACAGCAAUGUCGAGCGUGGUUUUCCCUGCAUUGUUCCAAAUUUGCAGAUUGGCCCCGUUAUUUGCGAGAAAUGUAACCAGGUAAGAUGUCCACGAAUCGGGGAACCUUCUGGAGGCGAUGGCAUGGAGAGCCGUAUUGCCCCGUCCGCACACCACAUUGACAUCUGCUCCCGGCCGAACAAGUAA